AUGUAGAGAAUAUUACCUUAUGCAUUUCAUGGUUUAGAUUAUUUAUAUGAGCCUCAAUUGGCAAGAUUUUAUAAUCUAAUUCCUGCAUUUUAUACCUAAAAACUAGGAGAAGGAUUUUUGAAUCAAACAUCUUAAGUUUAUACAUCACUAUUAUAAUCUAUUGCAGAAUAAGACAAAGAGUAUUUGAAAUAAAUUCUAGAGCCUAAGUUAUUUCAAGCCACUUAACAUUGCAUGGAUUUACUAGAAGAGAAACAAUUAAAAUUAUAAUAUAUUGAAUAAGAUUAAUAAGAAAAUGAAGAUAAGUAAGAAGAGGAAGAAGAAGGCUAAUAACCAUAAUAAUAGUUUAGUUUUUUCUCAAAAAAACUUUAAAAAGAUUAGUAAUUAUUUUCUUAUUUACAUUAGAGGCAAUAAUGAGGCAUAUCAUAUUUAUUCAGAAAACGAUUAUAAAUGUAAUAUUGAUGUUAAAGGAAUAUUUGGUGUGAAAAUUAACAGAAUUGAAAAUGAAAAUACUCGAUAUUUUUAGAUUCCUGCUUUGCCUAUCACUCCAAGGUAUCUAUAAAUAUACUAAAAAGGAAUUAUUUUAUAAAUUUGAAAAAUCCUUUUAGUCUUUAUGAAAAUUAAAUUUUAGUUGCCAAUAUUUUAAUACAUACUAGCAAGAAAUUAAUUGCUGUAGAUUAGGAAGGAAAAGUGGUUCAUGGUAAUUAUGAUAAUAAUUAAUUUUAAUAUCAUAAAUUAAGAUUAGAAACUUAUAUACCAAAUUUCAAUUGGGUAAUUACUGAUAUUGAUGAUUAUCUCAAAGGAAAUCCUUAUUUUUGA